AUGGUGGCUCCGGCCGCGACAGGAGGGAACUCGACAGGCACACAGCCGCCAGCGAGCCGUCAACCCGCCCGUUCCUCCAGUACCCAUCCGUCCCACUCUCAUAAUGUACCGUUGAGCACUCGACGCUCCGCACCCCUCGAUUUAUCGACGGUCGAAAGACGAGGACAACCGAAUGCCCCCCGCGAGCCGACGGGUCGAGUCCGCCCUCAUGGCCUCCAAGAGGCGCCGACUUUCCGCCCAACCGAGGAGGAAUUCAGAGACCCCGAGGCCUAUAUCCAAAAGAUCGCGCCGGAAGGAAAGAAAUAUGGUAUUUGCAGGAUUAUUCCGCCAGAGAACUGGCAGUCGACGUUUGCCAUUGAUACGGAGCGGUUUCACUUCAAAACCCGUCGACAGGAGCUUAAUUCGGUCGAAGGAGGUAUGCCCCCGCGUUCAGCGUUGCUUGCUGCCGGUGGUACUCCGCAGCCCAGUUCUGACCCAGACCCAGGAACUCGUGCAAACUUGAACUAUCUUGACCAGUUAGCCAAGUUUCACAAGCAGCACGGUACCAACCUAAAUCGAUUCCCAAGCGUCGAUAAACGUCCUUUGGACCUAUUUCGACUGAAAAAGGCUGUCGAAGUCCGUGGUGGCUUUGAGCAGGUCUGUAAGAUGAAAAAGUGGGCAGAGAUCGGCCGUGACCUCGGCUACAGCGGCAAGAUCAUGUCUUCCCUGUCAACAUCUCUCAAAAACUCUUACCAGAGAUGGCUCCAACCCUAUGAGGAGUAUUUGCGUGUUGCGAAACCUGGAGUACAACAGCAGCUCGAAAUCGAGCAUGGUGGUCCUUAUACUCCUUCACCAAAUCAUUCGCCCAUGCCUAAGAAACCAACGCCUUUUGAGAGUGAUACACGUUCUGCGACACCCCAUGGCCAAAUGAACCCAGCUACUACAUCUGUUCAAAAUACUCCUCAAGAAGUUGUUGCGACUCCUGAUAAGAAGCCCACACCGCCUGUAGAGCCCACACCUCCGCGACCAAUCGCAUCUGGAUUUACAGCUGUGAACUCGGGCGGGUUUACUGCAGUCAACAGAUCACCUUCAUUUGCUGCGGUGAACAAUGCGCCACCGGUGAAACGGGAAAAUGAACACGAGUCUGCCACACCGCGGAGUGUUGCCGAGUACCCGAAGGACUCAACACCGAUGUCAAAUGGCCACGGCGCCCAGUCAGCGAAACGUGCUAUCAGUGACGAAAGCGGGUCCCAAGCGGAAGCUGGCGAACUAGAUGCGAACGGACGACGGAGCAAAAGGCUACGGAAGGAUGCACCUCUCCCGACUGUUGCGGGUUCGCAAAUGAGCCUUCUUCGCCCUGCUCCUUCACGCUCGAGGAAGAGUGACUCACGGAAAUUUGGUGAUAAGUGUGAGACUUGUGGCAAAUCCGAGGAUCGUUCCUCAAUCUUGGUGUGCGAUAGCUGUGACCAGGGCUUCCAUAGGUAUUGCUUGGACCCUCCUUUGCACCACAUUCCGGAGUUCGAUUGGCACUGCCCCAAGUGUUUGGUCGGAACGGGAGAGUUUGGAUUUGAGGAGGGCGGUAUCUACUCAUUGAAACAAUUCCAGGAAAAGGCGAACAACUUCAAGAAGAACUAUUUCGCCUCGAAAAUGCCUUUUGAUCCCGUUCUCAACACUCAUCGACGGGAGUCUGAAGAUGACGUCGAGCGAGAGUUCUGGAAAUUGGUGGAGAGCCUAACGGAGACAGUUGAGGUUGAAUAUGGUGCUGAUAUUCACUCAACUACUCACGGUAGUGGCUUCGCCACGGUUGAACGUAACCCCCUAGAUCCGUACUCAAAGGAUCCCUGGAAUUUGAACAAUCUUCCUUUCCAUGGAGAGUCCUUGUUCCGUCACAUCAAAUCUGAUAUCUCCGGUAUGACAGUCCCAUGGGUUUACGUUGGCAUGUGUUUCUCGACUUUUUGCUGGCAUAACGAAGACCAUUACGCAUACUCCGCCAACUACCAGCAUUUUGGAGCAACGAAAACUUGGUACGGGAUUCCGGGAGCUGAUGCGGAAGCAUUCGAAGAAGCAAUGCGACAGGCUGUUCCUGAGCUCUUCGAAGGCCAACCUGACUUACUUUUCCAACUUGUUACUCUGAUGCCUCCGGAUCAGUUGCGGAAAGCUGGGGUUAAUUGCUAUGCCCUCGAUCAACGCGCAGGCCAAUUUGUCAUCACAUUCCCUCAGGCGUAUCAUGCUGGGUUCAACCAUGGAUUCAACUUCAACGAAGCUGUUAACUUUGCACCCGUGGACUGGGAACCCUUUGGCGCGAUGGGAGUCGAUCGUCUUCAAGCCUUUCGCAGGCACCCGUGUUUCUCCCACGAUGAGCUACUCUUCACAGCCGCUGCCCGGGAUACGACGAUUUCCACUGCCAAAUGGCUUGCCCCAGCUCUCCAAAGGACAUGCUCUCGUGAGUUAGGUGAACGAGCAUCAUUUGCCACGCGCCAUAAGGAGGCAGCGCCCCAUGAUUGUGCUUUAUUUUCCGAAGAUCCAGCUGCCACUGGUGACUGCCGGCUGAGGUUCGUGGUUGAGGAUAAAGAUAUUCCGGAGGAAGACUAUCAAUGCCACUAUUGCAAGUCUUACACCUUCCUAACCCAGUUCAAAUGCCACAAGACCAGAAAGACGCUAUGUUUGAUACAUUUGGAUGCCCAUGACUGUUGUGGAGAACCGCUAUCGCAAAAACUACUAGGCCCGGAUCAUACGCUGCGCUACCGAGUCAGCGACGCUGAGUUGAAAGACAUGGUUUUGAAAGUCCAAGAACGUUCCAGGAUCCCGGAAGCAUGGGGGCAGAAACUCGACAACAUCCUGGACGAUGAGCCGAAGCCCCAAUUGAAGGUCCUUCAUAGCCUACUUAAUGAAGGUGAGAAAAUCCCAUACCAUUUACCUGGUCUCCAAAAUCUUGCGGACUUCGUUCAGCGCUGUGAUAAAUGGGUUGAGGAUGCAACCAACUACAUUACGCGAAAGCAGCAGAACCGAAGGAAGAACGAAAAGGCUUGGCGCAAAGCUGGUUCCAAGGCCUCGCAGCUGGAAGAACGUGACCGUGAAGUUCGCAGCGUAGACAAAAUCUACGCCCUUCUUGCAGAGGCUGAUAAACUGUCAUUCGACUGUCCACAGAUGGCGGCUCUGUCAGAGAAAACCCGCGAGAUCGAGAAGUUCCGCCAGGACGUUAACGUUGUGCUUAUGAACCCACAUAUCCGGUCAGUACAGGAAGUCGAAGAGCUUGUGGAGAACUCCCGGAAUUUCAACGUGGAUUUACCCGAAGUUGAGAGAAUGGAACAUAUUGUACGACAGAUGAAGUGGAACGAGGAUGCGGCGCGAAGACGUGACCAUUACUUGACCUUGAAGGACUGCCAGGAACUUAUAUUGGGCGGUGAACAACUGGGACUUUCUGAGACAAACGAACACCUAGCACAUUUUAAAGAAAACUGUCGCCAUGGUGAGGCCUGGGAAGCAAAAGCCAAGGAGCUGAUGUCAGCAGAAGUGGUCCAUUACCAACAAUUGGAAGCACUGUCUGCACAGGCGUCCCGGUUCCCCGUCUCCCCUGAGACUCUCGCUGCUGUAGAUGCCAUAUUAACCAAACAACGUGAAGCCCAGAAACGGAUACACAGCCUGUACGAGAAGAGCAAGGACCCGGACUAUAAAAAUAGGCCCAAGUACAAGGAAGUGCGGGAGCUAAUGGAGUCACUGGAAGAGCUGAACAGCCGGCCUACCGGCGCAGUUGACUUAGAGCGCGAGCAGAAACGCCACGAAGACUGGAUGAGGAAAGGGAAGAAGUUGUUUGGAAAGGCUAAUGCUCCUCUACACAUUCUCAAGUCACACAUGGAGUAUGUUGAAAAGAGGAAUUCUUACUGCUUUGACCUCGAAGAUCGCUUCCGCCCACCAGUCGAGCCAGCCUCAAGAGACAACAGUCCUGAUGGGCAACGGCAUUAUUGGGCUGGGCAGUCGAUGGCUAAGCGGGAUGUAUUUUGUAUCUGCAGACACUCGGAAGCUGGAAUGAUGAUCGAGUGCGAGAUUUGUGGUGAAUGGUACCAUGGCAAAUGCCUGAAAAUUGCUCGGGGCAAAGUCAAGGAGUGCGACAAAUAUACUUGUCCUAUCUGCGAUUGGCGACAAAAGAUCCCUCGAGAUGCUGCUCGCCCAAAACUUGAAGAUCUCCUCGAGUGGCAGGCCGAGAUUCCUGGCCUCCCUUUCCAGCCUGAUGAGGAGCAAAUCCUUGAGAGCAUCCUAAACCAAGCGACAUCUUUCCGCGAUUUCCUGCAAGGGUUUACCAAUACUGCGUGCACCACUACUGAAGAAGUCCCUACCUUGAUCUUCUAUUUGCGUAAGAUUGAGGGAGCGGAGGUUCUUCUGGCUUAUGAGACGAAUUUGUUCCGGCAAGAGAUUCACAAAUGGCAGCCUGUCGCUCCUGAACCUCCACCGAUUUUGGAGCAAUCUUUGUCAACGAGGAAGCCACGCCCAACGAAACAGCAGAAGAUAAUGGCCCGAAUGGGGAUUGAGCGCCCUGAAGAUCUUCCUGUUCAUCUACGUCCUAAGCAGCCAAACCCUGCGAAGCGCAAAUCGAUUGAUUCUCAACAUGCCCGGCCGCCGACACUUCAGCCGUCACAAACCCCUGGCGAUAAUUCAAAUGCAGACAGCUCGCGCAUGGGGCCGACAUUGACGCCAGGCGACACGCAAAAUGCUCCUUACCCGUUUUCAGCAAGCUAUUCACUCCCUGCGAGUGACAGCACCUCCGCAUUCGCACCCGAGUCUUCGGCCUUCCUGCCUCACGUUGCCGCAGAUUCACCUUCGUUCCCCGCAAGAUCUCCCUCACCUGCCCCCCAUCAUGGCCUCAGUUCGGCUCUGUUUAGCCCUCCCCGCUACUCGCGGACUGCCCCAAGCGGGCCUCCUGGACCCGAGGUCGACCAUUCGAACCCAUUUGGUAGUAGUCCUCGGAACCUAGACGACGUUUUUGCCGAUCUCACAAACCAGGAUGCCGACCCGGAAGCUGACCAAGAAACUGAGCUCAUGGAAAAUACGCACGCAAACGAAGCCUUGGAAUUGCUUGAUGUCGGCACUGACAGAGAAAGCUCCGCGCCUGCACCUGAUGGGGAGGUAGAGGAGAAACCUGAAGAAGUCAAUGGCCAUCCCGAGCCAGAAGCUGAAGCAGCCGCGGCAGCUUAG